AUGUCUGACUCUACAGCUACAGUUGCCAACAUUGAGACACGAUUCAGCUACCCGGAGCUUAUUGGCAGGGGUUCCUUCGGUGACGUAUUCAAAGGGUAGGUUCUCUUAAUGUCGGCUGUUCAUUAAUUUGGCGAAACUUUCUUUAUUCUAUUUUGUUGGAACAAUGAAGGCUUGUUGCUUAUUUUCGUUCUUCCAUCGAAAGCUGGAUCAUAUGUUCUAUACAACCAAUCAGAUGCAGUUGGAGACAUCCUAGCUCUAGCAGUUAUCAAAUUCAAACAUUCUGAAACUGGACAACGUCCUCAACAUGCUUUCAUUAUUUUUAAGCUUAAUGGUUGCGUGGAUCACCCUUUGAAGACAAUUACAAGGUCAUGUGAAAUGUAAAUGCCGAGUGAGAAGAACGCUCAAUGGGAAUGAUACAGAGAUUUCUCGGAAGAAUCAUUUGAUGUGAUUCAUAAAAUUUUUCUUCUUUGGAGUAGCAUCACGACCAUGAUAAAAAUGAAUUUCAUUUCAUUUCAUUGAACUGUCCUCGUUACACAUUUAGAGCUGUUGUAGUAGUGCUCCAUCAUCUGAUUUACUGGUAGUAUGUUUGAAGUGUUCUGAGCUGUGCACCUAUCCAUCAUGAUUAUUUUGUUGGUGAUAAGCAAUGCAAUUCAUAAUGGUAGAAAACUCCCUGGUGACUUUCUGUUUGAAAGUAGAUGGUACUGUUGCAUGAAAAAAAAUGAAAAAAAUUACGCAGAUGUAUAUAAUUAACUCUUUCCACUCAAGAGAAGCAAGCAUACAUCGAAAUGGUGCGUGUUCCUCGUAGCUAGCCAGGGUCUCCUCGCCAAUAAAAGUCAUGCUAGCCCACUCUCUGAUAUGUUGAAACUCAAAACUGGAAAACUUUAUCACCUGAGCAUACUUCAUGCCUAGUACGUGAUUGUUCCAUUCCUUGCAAUGGUUCAAGUAGACCAUUCACCCAAUCGUUUGCUAACAAGGAAUCAAUGGAUAUAAAUCUACGCAGCACCCAUUCAACAGGAAAAUGAGCUUUAGCAACUGUAUUGAUGUUGACUGUUUCAUUUUCUUCGUUCAUAUUUUCAAAAAUUCACUUCAGCUAGAUGUUUAAACUGUUGACAUUGUGCAUAGAAAGCAGGAUGUCUGUAGAUCAUGAAAGAUUUUAUCUCAUUGUGCAAGCCAAUCACAGUACUCUAGCCAUAGCCUCUUGACCAGUGAUGGACCAUCAAGUUGGUCAUCUUAAAAGGUUGAAUCCUGUUCAAAGAGAGUGCUAUAAGCUUUUAUUUUCUCUAUAUCUCUUUCCUUUGAAAACUCUAUGGCUUCUCUAAAGUUCUUAAUAUAGUUUUCAAUGAUUCUUCCCUAUUAAAGCUGUUGGUAGACAACGAAUCAACAUUAUUCAUAAAUCUAAAGAUCUUAUUUUGAUAGAUCUAAUUCAAGUGGCCAAUUUCUGAAGCAAAAACGUAAAACAUUCUUAAUACGUUCGUCUAGGUUACCAAAUUAAGGAAAACAUGUUUUAGGCAAUAUGAAGUCACAUGCUUGAAGGUUAGGAGGAAAGUGAAAAAUUAUGCCCACUUCAUUUGUCUUGCAUUUCGCCUGAUUUCUUUGAACUUUUAUUCUGCUAGUUUAUUCCAGUGAAUAAAUGGGUUCAACAUUAUAUUAUUCAUUUUAUUGGAGAAAACAGCACGUCAAUCACCCCUUGAUUUUUCCUUUUCUCAGUCCUGAAACAGUUUCAUUGCUUCCCUAUUCUGAAGACAAUGAAGCCACAUCUUGAAGAUUUUUGCAAAAUCUUAGUGUCAUUAUCAAGGGACCCACAAGAUGAAAAUUUAUUGUGAUUUAUCAAUGGAUGCGCUUUGGUUCUCAAAAAAUUAGGUUCAAUUUUUUGAAGAAUAUUACUUAGUAUUUGCAAAAUCUUCGAAUGUAAUUAUCAUUCGACCCACAUCAUGAGUAUAUGUUAUAGUUUGGCAGUGAAUAUGCUCUUUUAUUACUGCACUUGCUUCUAACUUAAUUAAGUUCACAUUUAUAAGUAUUUGUUUGAGAAACAUUACCAACUAUGAAACUUGUGUUGUGAAACACGAGAGGAAGACUGUACACAGAACAUGUCUAAGCUUCGAGUCUUAACACAUCAUGGUUUUCAGUUAAAGUGUUAGAGAUGCAAUGACGUGAAUGAAGUAUAAAUUAAAAUAAAGGUUACUAGUAUGUCACAAUCUGAUGGCUGAACAUAAAUAUUACAAUGAGCAACUAGGUAGCCAACAGCAUUGUGUUUAAAUGAUAUUUGUCGUUUCUUAAUUCCAAGUAAAGCAGGAGCAUGACACUACUUGAUUUACGAUUAAUGAAUAACGUCUUGAAAUGAUGCUUUGAUGUAUACAUUUUGAGACUAUUGGAUAUCAUGGAUUGAUUAAUAAAAUCGAGAAUGAAACGGGAGUUAAAAGGUGAGGGAAAGGGCUUAAAUGACUGAAUUCGUUACCAUGCUCAGGAAAAACAUGUCAAUCUAGGAUAAGAGUCAAGUUUUCUUUACCAAGUAAUGCAAUUCCAAUGAGCUUUUCUUACUAAGAAAGUAGGUUUUGAAAAGGUUUUGAAAAGGUUUUGAAACAUGUCAACACUUGAGGGAAGUAAUAUUCAAGAUAACUAAUAUUUGUUCUCUUAUGCUUGCAAAAUUUUUGUGUACGCUCCUCAUGGACUCUACAUCUUAUGAGCUUUGCUUCUUUCUUAUUAGUAUUUGCUGGGGAUGUUUAGCAAUAUUUUCCAUGUUAUUCGAUAUUGUUUGCUCAUUUGCCGUCCAAGAUUUAGAUUUUUGUUUCAUCCGUAACCCUUUAUUGAAGUAUUCUGUUCUUCUUUCUUAACUGUUUGGAAAGUGUCCUGAGAUUAUUUGAACGAUCUGUUUUAAUUAUUCAUGAACUAUAAUUAAAGAUGAAAUACGCAAUAUUGGUUUUAUGCUUACAAAAUAAGGGAUUACUGACUGUUUAUGCUAGGCUUUUUCUACUGCGCCUAACGUGAUAUCCAGCUUUAUGCCAUUUUCGAAUGGUAAUAGUGAUGCUUUGUCCUGAUUAUUAUAUAUGGUGCCAUAUUUUUUUGUUAGGUUCAUGUGCUUUGAAUGGUCUACUAAAUGCUGUGAUAUGCUUACAACGGUUAGUUUGAUGCAAAAGAAGAAAACUUGGUCUUUAUUUUUCCUACUGUUUCUUAUCAUUGCAGUUUUGACAAGGAGCUCAACAAAGAGGUUGCAAUAAAAGUUAUUGACUUGGAAGAAGCGUGAGUUGUCCAUAAUUUUUCUCUGUUGUUAUUUAAAAUGUAUUACGGCACACAGUCAUAAAAACUAGAAGAGAAAAAGGGAUGUACUUGUUUACUGUAUCAAUGUGCUGUCAAUGUAACCCUGUAUGAUGUAGCUCUUUAGUCUACUCAAAUAAGGCGAUGACUCUAAAAUACCAGACCUCCCAGACUGAAGUGCAGUUAUGUCCAACAAAUAAGGUUUUUUACAGUCCGUCAACCAAUCAGUUUGGAGAAUGUAGAAUGUAUGUAGUUUAAGGUUAUAAGAACAUAUUUUUGUAGGCUACAAAGCCCACUGUCUUAUUUCCUUGUAAUGGUUUUAGAUAAAGUUAAACAUUUCUUAAAUCAUAAAUAAGAAUUAUAAUAUCAUGAGAAGGUUUUGAAAAUUAUAUGCUAUUAAAAUUACAGAAAUAAGUCUUUGUGUGGAAUCUCCAUAAAUGAAAUUAGCAACUCCUAAGUUGAAUCCUAAAGUAAAGGAAAUGUUUAUUUGAAAUCUAAGACUAAAUCUAAAUUCCAAUAUGCUCAUCUGUGUGUUAUUCUUGGAAUUUCAAUUUGAAUGGUCAGUGAAAUGAGGAAAAUGAGAUUGUCAAAACUUAUCAUAAGCAUGGAUUUCAAAUAAUGUGAAUUCUUGUUUUUCCUAGUGACCUUGUCCAUGCUUCCCUUCAUGACCUCAUAGGCUGAAUCCGUACAUCCUCAAUACCUUGUUCCAACUUAUAUUUGAUUUUUAAAUUCUUAUUUUUUAUCGAGGAUGGUUUUUGUCUUUAGAUUGAUUUAGAAGGUAAGGUAUUGCUCAGUUCUAUCAGUAGCACACGCUCUCUACAACUUAGAAGCAGUGACUAUUGUGAACUGGAAACUGAAAGGGAACACCAAUACUCGGUUUGGAAGGAUGAAAGGAACAAUAAUCUUCUGGAAUUGAGGGGCAUAUUGCAUUUGAGGAAGCUUGUAUACAAGAUGAUGAUGACCAACCAAAUAGAAAGAAAUUGAUAGAGAACUGGAGGGAUAUCCUUGUCCGGGAAGAAUGCUGUUGCCAGCUGAGGUUGAGAGGUUUUUGGCUGCCAGAGAAGGAGAAGACUACAUAUUUUCGUAAGUUGGCGUGAGGCAUGAAAAGGGAUGCCAUUUACUUUCUAGAAGAGGGGGAGAAAGAGGUCACCGGGCGAAAUGUCAUCAAGUGGCUCAUUUGCAACUCCUAUGCACAUUUUUUCACUUAGGAGGACGGAUGGUGGCCAUCAUUUGUGGAAGAUAUCUACCGACGGUCUCUGAGUAAGAGAAGAGAGCUGUCAGUACUUUUUAUAGAGGAAGAACUGAGAGCAGUCACUCUUUUGGUGGGAUGGGAUGAGGCCCCACGACUGGAUGACUUCUGUCCUUCUCCAUCAUAAAUGAAAGGACUUAGUUAAAUAUGAUUUGAUGCGGGCUGUGGAGAGUUCCUGGGGGCCUUUGAGGAAGUAUUCUUGGUGCUGAUUCUGGAAGUAUCCGGUGCUCAUCACAUGUAUGCUGAGAUUUAGGAUAGUGUGUUUACGAUGGGGAUGAUCUGUGCAAACCUAAUGCACUCAGUAAGCAAACGCAAAAAUCAAAAAUCUAUUUUUGGCAGUAUACUAGUGCCUACUACUAGAGAGUAGUGUUAAUGAAGAGGUCUUGCUUUCAAGCUGGAUUUUGAGGGUGUGAAUGUUUGAAUAAGGUAAUACUUCCUCUACUAAGUUAUGCUGAAGGUUGGAUUCAUGGAUGUAUGUGUAGCUGUGGUAAAUGGGAAACCCUUGGCUUAUGUUUUAGAAGGCCUCAAGUAGGUAGAGACUUCAUCUCCUCUACUUUUUAUUCUAGUCGUUGACAUGAUGAAUAGAUAAGCAGAAUGUCGUAGAGGGAAGAAGCUUUUUCUGGAUUUAGGGUUUUCGAACUUACUGUAUGGAUUGCAUAGUUCUCAUUUACAGUAUGCGGAUGAUGCUACACUAUUCAUAUCCAUGGAGGGCAUCAAGAUGCAAAUAGAGUGAUGCUAGUGAUUUUGGAAGCAAUUACUGGCCUAAUGACAAACUUUGGGAGAAGCAUUUUGUAGGUUCAAUGUGGAGAGAAAGGAAGUUUAGAGGACAGCUUGAUGUGUAGUUUGCAAGAUGUGUGGUCUCCUGCUUGGUUACUUUGAGCCUCUAGUCACCUCAGGUGCCCUUUUCUAGAAGGACAUGUAGUGGACUAUGUAGGCAUUUGACAGAAGAAUGGCUGGCUGGAAAGGGAAGCUUCUGCUAUUUGGAGGAAGGGUGACAUUUUUGUAAGAAUUAUGAGUUUUAGUCUUCCAAUUUGCUACCUCUCCAUUUGACGAUCCUCAGGUCAGUGGAUAAGAAGUUAUAAGCCAUUAGAUUCUUUUUGCAUGGAUCUAGUGCCAUAGUCUCAGGAUUGCAUGGCAUGACUAUGAUUCGUAAGGAUAGAAAUAGAGUCUUUGCCAUUCAGUGUAUUCCUUUUAAGAGAAUCGCUGUAGAAAUGGAGAACCAAUGGUGCUAGACUUCGGGUGGGUGGAAGUUAUAAGGCAAAAAUAUUUUAGGAAGGGGAGAGUUUGUUAUUUGGUACCGCUUUACAAUAACAUUUUCGAGGAUAUCCUGCAGGCUGCAGACAAGCAAUCGUUUCGUUAGAUGUUUGUAUUGUAACUAGAAAAAAACUAAUUAUUUUCCUCUUCUCUUUAGGAUUCCUCAUUAUCCUCACAGUACUGCUGCAUGAUCUUUUGAUGAUGGAGUAGAAUAAGGUGCGGUGACCUGUAUGUGCGAGGAACUUAAGGGAUGUGGGGAUUUAACUACUUCAUAUGUUAGUUCUAAUUGCAAGAAAGAUAUGUUGUAGUCCUUACGGCUGAUGGGUGGUGGUGGUGGUGAAAAUGGGAGAAAAGAGGCGAUUUCUUUAUUGAAACCAACUUACCAGGCAAUCUCUUUUAAGUUGAUAGAAGCAUUUAAGGUCUGGGCCGCAUCAGUUACUGAGCACAUCAUCCCUUUUUAUUGUGAAGCUUCCCCUGGAAGCUUACUACUGAUCUUAUGGCGUCAUUUUUUGUACUCGAUCCGCAGUACAGAAUCCUUGUCUGGCAAGGAUGAAGAAAAGGCAAAAAAAUUCUUCCUUGGUUGUUCCUUUUCAUUGGAGAUCAAGACGUUGGUACAUCUCAACGUAGCUCUUCUGUGGCUGCAUGCUGUCGGUGCUAUGGGGUUGUCUUUGUAGCCUCAAGGGAGUUAGAUCUCACAAUUUGGCGGCUGAAUUUACAUACCGUACUUUGAGCUAUUUGGAUGUAGAUAAAUUGAUGUAUUUUUAAUAAAAAUUGCCUCAGCAUAUCGGGUCUUUGUGGGGGUGUGACAAUUAAGCGAUUGGUUGUGGUCUUUCUCUCAAGAACAAGACAUUCGUAGUUUUAUUGUUAUUUUUUCUUCUUUUUGGCCAUCCUUUACCUUGUUGGUGUAAGACUAUAAAGGUUUACAUGGAUUUGUUUUCGAGAGAGGACGUUUUCACACAUUCCAGUCUUGGUUUCUGUAGAAACCACUUGCAUCUUUCCCACCCUCUUGCGUCGUUUCAUUUUGUAACAACAAAAAAGUAAUUCUCCAGUUACAAUAUUGGCACGUUGAUCACUGGUUAACAUGAAUCAUGACCUUUUUUUCUGUUGUUAUGUUGUCUAACAAUAUGGUUUAUCUUUAUUGACUUCCAGAGAAGAUGAAAUCGAAGACAUUCAAAAGGUAUUUCCCUGAAAUAGCAUUUUCGAUGACAAUCCAUUCAUGGUUGGUCUCUUACAGAAAGAUCCAUUCCAGGAAAUCUCAGUUUUGUCCCAGUGCCGUUCUCCAUAUAUUACGGAAUAUUAUGGUUCAUAUGUCCACCAAACCAAAUUAUGGAUAGUAAUGGAAUACAUGGCUGGUGGAUCAGUCGCUGAUCUGGUGGGUUAUCUUCGCUGGUCUUGUUCCAUUUUUUUUUCCAUCUUUAUGCUUUAUUAUCAAUUGGCCUUGUACAUGUGUUGCCUUGGUUUCGUACGUUAACUGUUGCAUGAAGCUUUUCCAAUCUAUUUUCACCACUCAAUGUUGAUUCCUAGAUGACGAUUGGUUGAACUUUGUUUCUGUCAAAAAGGGUAUGAAAGCAAUAGUCAACUCAGAAUUGGGUCCGACUUGGAAGUCCUAAAAAUAAGGUGAAUUUGGACUACUGGUCUGAUACGCUCUGCUCUUUAUUUUUCAUUGAAAAAUCCUUUCAAAAGAUCUUUCGUCAUAUUAAGGGCGUUUUUAUUUGCUUCCGGAGCAGAUGUCAGAAUUGAGCUUGAAAACAAAAUGAGAAAAAGAGUUGCACGCUGCUGCUGUUCACUCCGGUGCCAUCAUAAUUGGCCAUUGCGGCUACUGCUGUGUUUUCCACUGCUACAUUAUCAUCCUUCAAUGUCAAAACCUUUCGGCAGUUGGCCUUCUCCUUUAGUCUUCUUCUUACAAUCAUCUAGUACUGUAACUUUUGCUCAACCCUUUAUGUUUCCUUUCUGUUGUAAAACCCUCGGCACUCAGUUACGAAUGGGACAUAAUGGUAUCUAGAAAUCAGAAUGGUUUGGAGAAAAGGGCUAAAUUGUGAAGCAUUUCUGAGGAAGAAAUAGUAGGUAAUUUACCUUUUUCUUAAAAAAUAGGAUAUAAUAGUAAAAACAUUUAUAAUGCUAUUAUUUCUGUGCGUUUCUGGUUGAUCUGACGCAGGCUUGAGUUAUGUAUGGUUUGAACCUGGGGACCUUAAUGCAUCCAUGUGAUGGCAACUUAGGCCUGAUUUGCAUGUUGUUGACCUUGGGGGCGUUGGUCUACCCAUAAGAUGGUUUACCUAGCUGAUGCCUGCUUUCAUCUAGAGCCAUAGUUCCCAUUCUGAAAGGUUCGAUGCACUUCUGAACAAUCAGAUCAGUACAACUGUGGUUUUUUUAUCUAAAGUGCCUGUAUGUAGGAUCAAGUGAGAGCUUUGACUAGAUAAUUUGCGUGUAACAUAUUUAUUCUAUUUGACAAUCCGAACUGUUCACUUGACCGCAUAGAUAAUGCAAGAUAGCUCUGUCCAAGAGGAAAACACUUCUAAUAUUCUACAAUGAUUUGGAAUACAUAUCUUCAGAAUUCUAUGCAGAGUGAUUGUUGGAAAUGUCAUCCAUGGCUCUAUUACUUCUCAUCUUUCUGAUCCAUGAAUGGUUCAUGCCCUGCAUUGUCAGCCAUAUAUGACAUUCAACUAGGUUUUAAAUAGUGGAGAUGUAGCCUUGCAAGUGAAGCAUUUGAAUGUCUUAAUGAUUUUUCUGGAUGCCUUAUGUGCUGCAAAGUUUGCCUCUUAGUGCAUGUCUUUUUGUUUUAGCUUCAAUCAGGUCCUCCCUUGGAUGAGGCAUCAAUAGCAUGCAUUCUACGGGACUUGCUGCAUGCGAUCGAAUAUCUUCACAAUGAGGGAAAAAUUCACAGAGAUAUAAAAGGUCGAUUUAGUGCCAUCUUGCUUAUUUUCCCAGCAUGAACACAUUUUAAACUUGCGUUUUUGCAAUACAGCUGGAUUUUUAUUUUGGAUUUACUAUGUAGACUUACCAAAGCCCUAUAUUUAGGCUUUAGGUGACAUUUGUUUUACCUUUUUCAUAUGCAGCGGCCAAUAUCCUGCUUACAGAAAAUGGUGAUGUUAAGGUAUGCUUAUCUCUUUCAAACAAUUCAGUGUUUGUGAGUAUUCUCUCCGAAUCUCCAACUUUUUUGUUGAUCAUAUGAUAGGUUGCAGACUUUGGUGUUUCUGCACAGCUAACAAGGACAAUAUCUCGGAGAAAGGUAAUUCAAGAAGAAGUAGUUACUUACAUUUGUAGGAAACUGAAUGGUUAGACGUUUAACUUGCUUAGGGCUGGUGGUAUAUCGUAACAGGAAUGUCGAAUAGUCUGAUUAAGCGCUACUUGAAUUGUUGAGAUUUGUUUUUGUAUUUUUCUUGUGUUUUUGACUGUAAGUUAUGUGUAGCCAUUAUUGUCUUCUAUACCAUCUCCCACAUCAUCGGCAGGAUUGGUCAUUGUUGAUCUACAUUGAGAUAAAUGCUAUGAGCCUUGAAUAGAGAGCGAUGGUAUUAGAUCAGACGCAACCCCUGCAAAAUCUUGAAUAGCUAGAUACCCUUAAAUGUCUUAUUAUAUCUCAGACAGAGUUUAAAUUUUCUUGUUUCCUUACGAACCAAAAUUCAAGCAGGGCAUCUAUUGAUUUCUAUGUGGAAUUGUUCAUAUUUCUUCAUGAUAUAAUAUUAGAAUAUAUAAAAAUGAGUUUAAAGUGUUGUGCAUAAACAUGGUGUAAAGCAGAAUGAAUAGGUAGGAUUUGGCUUUUGUCCCUUUUAGUAUACUAGUAUUUGGCGCAUGAUGAUAGUGUUAUGCUCUCUUUAUGUUCGGUGAUUGGUCAUCCUCAUAAUCAUUUUCUGUAUCGAGAAACAUUCAUUACCAUUUAUUUCUUUGUGGUCUAGGGAGAAACCUCCCUCCCCUGUUUUUUGAAAAUUAUAAUUUAUUCUUAAGAGUUGCGAAACUAAUGCUUGCCUCUGUCACUGAGCUUUCAGACACUAUUUUUGUAUCAAAACCUGAUUUGGGAAUUGCUUAUGGCGCAUGAGAUAUGAAAAAAGUACCCCAUUGCAUUGCUCUUGGAUGUAUGAAUCCUUAUUUCAUAAGCCAUGUGCUGCCCUACGUGCUGUUGUGGUCUGCCCUGAUGUCUGAAAUGUUUUGGUUGCCUUUGCUAUUUUAUCCUACGUUUAUUCUUGCUCCAUGCUCUAUUUAAUACAAUUUUCAUUCCAACUGAGGCCUUGUCCAAAACUGAGUGUCUUUAAAUCAGUUAAUGUAGAUUGUCAUUGAGUAUUUUAUGUUCGAAUAUUUAGCAGUUUUUCCUUACACUAGGUGACGCAGUUUCCAUUUAUGUGCGCUGACAGCUAUAUUUUAGAAAUUGAAGGGAAAUCGGAUGAUGACUAAAUAAAUUAUGUGCAUUCAAAUACUGAAUAAAAGUACCUGGAGAAAAGAAACUGCUUGUUAAUCGGGUCUUUCCUUGAUGUCCAAGUAGUAUGCCUUUCUAUAUAGACUCUUAUCGUCAGGUCUCAACUACCGCUCACUGCUGAGAUAUCAAUUUGCCUCUGUGGGACCUGUAAAAUAUUUUAUUCUUCUUCCCUCCUAUUUGUUACAGCCUGUUGCUAAUUUCCUUUUCUUUUUAGAACAUCUUGUUAAUUUACAUUUUAUAAUAGUUCAGCUUCUAGUAGACUUGAUGAAGGGUUCUAAUUGUAUUUCAACUGGUUAUGCUAGACUUUUGUUGGAACACCAUUCUGGAUGGCUCCUGAGGUGAUUCAAAACUCAGACGGAUAUAAUGAGAAGGUAUCCUUAAAUUGGGUUUUCUAUCAUUUGACGAUCAGACUUUGGACUUUAGAUCAAUCUUUUCACAAAGUAAUCUUUUGCCUAAUGCAGGCUGAUAUCUGGUCUUUAGGUAUUACGGCUAUAGAGAUGGCUAAGGGAGAACCUCCUCUUGCAGAUCUCCAUCCAAUGAGGGUGCUUUUUAUCAUACCACGUGAAAACCCUCCGCAGGUUUAUUAACGUUCGGUUGAAUUCUUGUUAUUACUGUUCGGUGUAUACUUAAUUCCAUUAUAACUUAUUUUACUAAUCGAUGACUACUUUUUUUUAUAAUUUAGCUGGAUGAGCAUUUUUCUCGUCCAAUGAAAGAGUUUGUUUCGUUGUGCCUAAAGAAACUACCUUCAGAGGUAAUUUCCUAUCUUAAUUGAUUUUUAUGACUUUUCUUUCUGUGUAAUUUUGAAUUUUUUUUGAGGUUGAAAAGCUUUUGAUGUACACAAGGAAUAUUGUUAUCAUAUAUUUUUCUAAAGCCUUUUCAUAUAUUGCAUCUAGUUUAAUCAUAUCCAUUGAAUCCACACUUUUCAGCAAAAGAGUUGAAUUUAUGUUAAGUGUGGUCAUAGAGUAUCAUUGUUGUUCAGCAUGCAACUUUUUAAAAUUCGAUCAAAUGUCUCUUUUACGUGUCCUAACGUACUUUGUUAUCUUCAAUUCAGAGACCAAGUGCGAAGGACCUACUUAAACACCGUUUCAUCAGAAACGCAAGAAAAAGUCCUAAACUUUUGGAAAGAAUAAGGUCUUCAUUUUAUAUUUGUUUACUUUAAUAGUUUACACAGUGCAUUCUCACAGUGUGUACAGGCUAGUAUAACUCGUCAUAGUAUUAAAUUCAUUGAAUUUUGGAAUUUCCAUCUUGCAUCUUCUUAUACAGAGAGCGUCCAAAGUUCUCAACACUAGAGCAUAUGGAGACAACGAGAAACGAUGGGACCAAAACGUUGGACAAUGCAUCUUUGACUAUAAAAAUCAAUAGAGCUCCAAAUGAUGAUAUCUCACAUUCAAGGUCAUUCAAGUUUAAGUUAAUUGUUAUUCCGAUGUGCUUUUUCUCUUGUCUGACCCUCUUGUUUUAACCAACUGUAGUCAAGGAGCACUGCUGAGAAAUGCUGGUUGGGACUUCAGCACCAGUGAACCCCAGGCAUCUGGAAGUUUACUUUCGGCAAAUGCCUCUGUACUUGAGAGGAAAUCAGAUUUUUCAUGUGAUCAAGGUUCUACAAAGGCAACAUCAGACAGAGGAGAAAACCGAUGGAUGGCUUCUGCACAUCUUGAUACAUCACGUGAUGUACCCCUUAAAAAUUCAAUUGAAAAUGAUUAUCAUAAGCGACGAGAAAAAUAUUUUGGAAGUGUAUGCUUCUUAUUCCCCAGUUUUUCUGCAUUUUUUUAUGCUAAUUAUCCAUUUUUCUACCUUUCCAUUCUUAGUCUUUGGUGGAAUUUUUUUUGCAGGACCGUAUGUCUGUGAGUGAUUCAGGAACAGUAGUUGUACAUUCUCCAAAAGCCCAGAUCUACACACCAUUUAACCAUCAUCCUAUGGUAUUUCAGUCAAUGUGUCAUUCAUCUCAUUUCCUUUAGUCUUUUUGUAAAUAUUAAAUUUCCUGUUAUUUUGUUGAAAGUCGACCAGCAGAUACACAUCUUCAGAAGAUGUGUCACCGAGCGGAACUGUUGUUAUCCGUGGUCCAUCUGAUGAAUCUCACACUCCUCGAGCUUUGAAGUCCAGAUUAGGAAGUCGAGAAAAAGCUUCAGGUUCCUCAGUUGAAGAUAGUGCACUGAACCUAGCAGAGGUAGUUUUUCUUUUCUUUUAGCUUUCGAUUUUUAAGUUAUGCAUUUUACUCUGUUCCACUUCUUUAUCUGAUUCAUCUUUUUCUUUCUUCCGUAUUUAGGCGAAGGCUAAACUAGAGGGUGGAGCUAAGAAAGGAAGUAGGGAAAGUUCAGCCUUGGGAAGUUCAAAAAAUUCUGAUGCUAAAGCAACAGAGAUGAUGAUCGAUUCAGAUUUCUUUAGGUAAUAUCUACAUCUGACCGCUGGGUAAUAUCAGAUUUCCCUUUACGACAAAAGAAAAAAUAGAGUGUAGUAUACAAUUUUUAAACUUAUUGAACUCAGGAAUCCGCGUGAGUAUGUUGGUGAUCAAAAGAUACUUGAUGGGUCUUGUCAAAUAAGUGACAAUGGUGAAGCAUCAGUACCUGCAACAUCACCUGCAUUAUCUUUGUUGAUAAUCCCUUCACUGAAAGAGGUUUGAGUCUGGAUCACCAUCCUUUGCUAUAAAAUUUUCACUUUCUUCUGAUGUUUGAAAGUUGUUUAUUUACUUCAACCCUAUUCUUGACAUAGUGAGGCUCGAAAUAACUAAUGGCUUCCGGGCUAAUGAGUUGUUCAUUUUUCUCUUUCGAGUAAAGUAGAAAUUGGCUUUUGUUCUGGUUGAUCGUCUCUUCCGGUUCUGUUCUUUCAAAUGAAAAAGCGUCAAGGACUUGUAACAUACACCAACCCCCCCAAGUGUGGCCGUCUAGGAUUGCAUGACACUUUAGGAUUUGUUUUUUUGUGAAUCGUUCGUAAUUUGGAAUACCUUUUCAUUUGAGGUACCUAGUCUUUGUAUUUGGAUUUGCCAGUCAGUCACAGUGAAUGUGUUCGCUCAUAUUUGGACGGAGCUUCAGUUCAGGAUCUUGGGCGAUUCAUUUGGGUACAAAUUCGAUAGGUGUUCAUGUCGAUGCUUGUCUGAUAUUCUGCUAGAGGACUCUUCUUCUGAUUCGGAAAGGUUCCAGACUGUUUAGAAUUCACAUCAUAGAUGACUGUUAUGGAACAAACCCUAGGAAACAGACUAGGGAAUUUUUGAACAGGGCUACGAAACAGGGAAACUACCUUAACAUCUGGGAAACUGACAAACUAGGAAUUUUUUGAACCAACAAGCAAAGCCCCUAGAAAACGGUCCAAGUAAGAACCAAACAGUUAAUUUAUACGUUCUUUCCCGCAACUCCAAUCAUUUUGGCACAGACAAAUCCCCUAGGAAUGUGAUUUUCAGAUCGAAGUAGGUUCCAAUGAUUAGAAUCACCAUGUGUUCUGAAAUGAAGGAAAUGUCAUUUGUUGUUCAGUAGUGCAUCACCAGAGACACUUGCCCGUACUUUCUUGUCCAUCAAAUAGCUUUCAAGUGCCUCAUCGGUCUAUAUAUCUAAAAAAACUAUACUUCAGUCUGGUACAUGCACUUGCCAUAUAUCUACAAAGUCUGACCUAUCUGUACUUCAUUAUAUUCUGUGGGGUAGCAAGUCAGUGGAAGAUGUAAACUCUUACAGGUUGUGGGAGACGCUGCAGCGGGAUCCAGCGCUCUGUCGGUGGUCGAAUCCCUGAGAAAUCUAGAACACCAGAACCCGGGCUUCGGUGAUGCCUUUAUCAGAGGUUUGCUGCAGAGGCUUGGGAGGUCCGUCCUUGUACUCUCAGUUAUUUUACCUUUCCUCCUCACCUUGGAGCUCGGUAUCAACUGAAAUGGAAUCGUACUCGUCUCUGUGGACUGAACAAUGCUCUAAAUUAAUCGGCAGCUCGAACGAUCCUUCAGUGGAGGGGCUUCGAGAUUUCUGCUACCGAAUUUUCGUCAAGAAUGAUGUGGCGGUGAAGGAAUCAGAGGACGAAAGGAAGCAGGCUAGAGGUGAAGCGAAUGAAGGCCCAAGCCUCAGCCCACUCGCGAGGUUCCUUCUCACAAGGUCAAUUCAUCUCCCUUCAAUUCCCUCUCGUUCCCUUGAGUCCAGAUCCCAGCGUUUGAGGCACCACCUGGAGAGGUGUAGGUCAUCAGAUAAGGAUUUUCGUUGUGACAGCAGAGCCAUGGUCUCUUUUGCAGAUGGCAGGGGCAGGUCACCCAGGAUCUGAAAUCAGUUUAG